UGAAGUUAUCCCACUACUAAAACUUGAGCGACUACUAUCGUAUCGCGCCGCCCUUUGCGUUCACCGGUGUGGCGUAGUACUUGGAGUGAGUCUGUUGAGUCGAUUACAAAAGGAAGGUGCGUCGCUCGCUUCCGUGUGGACACGAUAUGUCAAACAUGUCAUCCUCUAUCAACACAGGUCUCCUGCGUACCCUUACCCCGGGCGAAAUACCUUCGGAACUACAUACUUUACGACUCAAAUUGUCAGACGAUACGAUAACACAGCAGCUCCUGAACGCCAUCGAGUGCGGCUCGCUUUCGACACCCGUUUUCGCGGCCUGGUUCGGCGUAUGUAGAUCGCCAGUUGUGGUUCGGGAAUCAUUGACGCAGAAGUUAUCAGUGCACAUCAGAGUUCUGGGUAUCAAGCAGCUCAAGAGUGGCCUCGAGUCGGCUCAAUGGGGGAAGCUCUGGGAUGGUCUGGGUGGCACAGCGGGCUUGCUGGACAUCUUGAGCGAUCUUUCGGUCUUGGAAGUGAAAGCAGCAUGCAGAGCAAUCGGUCGCUGCGCAAGAGAUGGGAAUGUAGCCAGCAAACGAACACGAGUGACCGAACUUUUUAAGAGUUUACACCCAGACAUCUUCCCGGAGACCGCGGCUAAGACGAACGAUUUGCGGCCGUUGACCAAGUUCUAUCAGGCGCUCAUUCCAAGCUGCACUGCAGAGCUUGUCGAUUGGAUCACGCAUAGAGAUCAAGAGUCAAGGUGGCAGUAUGUCAAAGAAACAAAAUUGCUCGAGCAUCAUUCAGACAACCUUGGAAGAGCUGCCAUGCUUUCAGUGUUUGAAGAUCAAUUGCCAGAUGAUAAGAGCAAAGACCGCCUGAGAAGACUGUCGACCAGGUUCCCUUCAACGACAAGUUCUGAACCGGGAUUUUCGACGUCCAUGGUGUUCGCACUCCCACUACUACGUAGCAUUGUCGACACAGAUGUUAGGCACGUGGAAGACGACUGGGUACUCAACAAUCUCAUUCGACCUCUACUCAGACGCGCUGUUCGUAAGCGUGUGAGCUGGUCGAGGAUGCAGGAAAUCACCAGCUUGGCCCUGAAGUUUCUCGAACAACACCGCAAUGCUGCAAAGCUCCUCACCAAUGCCAAAGGCGAUGUAUUGCACAUGGUUGCGUCUUGCUGGUCUCGACGAUCAACCCUGUUCGAAGCGCAACUCAAAGAGCUACUCAACAUUGUGUUCAGUAACAAGACCUGUUUUGAAGAUAUUGAGAACCUCAUAGCUGGUAUUCCAAGGUCUCGACGAUACGCACUGCUAUGUUUGUCUUGCCAGGAAGUCAUGGGUGUGAAUCUAGAUUCAGAGCAAGGUCUUUCAAAGGCUCGAGGUACGCUCACCCCCAACCUACUGGACAAAAUUGAAGCACCUCAAGCGAUGGGGCUGUUCAAGCGUCUUCGAAGUGCUAGAGGUGACAUAGGUCUUGUCGAACUGGGCCAGUAUAGCUCUGUGCUGGUGACGACACGGACACCGGAUGGGUACGAAGGUGACCCGGACAUUUACCAUCUCGUCCUCCUCAAUCGUAAUGGGUUGUACGAGGAAGCAGAGUCAUACGCCGCCAAGAUCCUAGAAGCGCGGAAAAAGACUAUCCGGACAACCUCUAACAGGGACACGCGCGCGGAACUUGCAGUGUCUGUCUGGGCAUGUGCAAACGCCAGCGGAUCCCUCACAUUGCUAGCCGAGACCGUGCAAUGGGCGAGAGGGUUCGUUCGCGAUCAGCUGACGGCCUCCAAGCUCUUUUCAACGUAUUUCGAUGAGACUUACAGAUUGCUUUCCGGGUUCCUGAUUCAUGGAUAUGAUGUCCUGAAGCCACACGAUCUCCGUCGGCGAGUCGAGCAUGCAAAUGUAAUUAUGCUGGAUCUCCUCGACAUUGCAUGCGCAGCAUUGCGCGAGCCAUCUUUCAGAUCCAAUGAUUGGCUUCAGACUAUUGACGUCUUCAUGCGUGUUGUCAAAGAGCGCGUGGUUCUCUCGGCGAACAUGAAGAAAGAGAUCGGAGCCGAGGACGAGGACUUGUACUACGCGUUGUGGGAAGAUACAAUAACAAUGCUCGUCCGAGCUGAAAGGUUGGCUAAUCACGAAGACUAUGAAAAGCUAGGCGCCAAUACCAUCGUAACUUUCAAUUUGGUAUUUCCGGGUAUCAAGCCCAGAACGCUGGAAAGGUCUACGUGGAAGUUUAUCGAUAACCUCGCCAAGGUCAGAGAUGACCUGUGGAAGGAAUUGCGACCUGCAAAGUAUCCAGAUGUGCUUUCUCUACCUGACCCUUUCCCACGUGGGCUGGCGGUACAACAACUUCUCGCAGGCUGGACUCCCAACGUUGCAGACUUGUAUGAGCUUGCGCCAUACAUUGCCUCGCGGGUGAGAACUGCACUCUUUGUCGACCCAGAAGCUGCUCUGAAGCCGGUGUCCCCGGACAAAAUUACGCAGCAAGCUAUUGGUGUCUUUGUGGACAGUUAUCAGUUUGCGCUGCGAGCAUACAUCCCCGAUGUGUGCGACUCGAAAGAGAAGGAGAAACGCCUGAGACAAGUAUGGAACCAUGCAACAGGUCCACUGAGUGAGCGCCGCAUGGGACCCGAGGAGGCCGUCAGGCUCUGGAAACAGUUCAUUCCUUCUGACUUGCGAUUGAUCCUGUCUGAGUUCCUUCCAAAGAAAGAGAGCGUCCAAUGGCCAAUAGUACCAACAUCUGAUGAUCCAUCGGACACUCAGGAAUGGAAUCCACUGGAGGGCAGACCUGCUGAUGUGAAGAUCAAAGCACGCAAACUCGGUAAAGCAACAUACAUCGAUAUAUCCACGCUCGGUGCUCAUGCAAAGCAUACGAGGCCUGACUUGAAGUCCCAUUACCAGCUACCCAACUCUCAGGUGCCCGCGGAAACUAGUUCUGUUGGGUCGAUAUGGGGCUACCGAUCUAGGACUUCUGCUGAGACUGAAGCCGAAGGUUUAGCCGCGCUGUUAUAUCUGGACGCCAAAUACGGGUCGGCUGGGAGACUGUUGACAACGCCUUUCCCGUCAUCAGACGAUGUUCUAUACCCUUGCGUAUAUCUUGAUGAGGAUUUCUUGUCAUCGGAUCGACUACGUGUUCCGGACGUUGCGUCUUUUAUCUCCCAUCACUGCGGAGACAUCCCUUUGCCGUUGGUGCACAAGAUCGCAGGAACUCUCGUGGGGAGGUUCAGUUCGAAGCCAAAUCCCCACAUAUUAGAGAAUGCAGCAUUCACACUCCUUCGAACCCUGAGUGAGAACGAUAGGCCUGUCUUAGCAUUUGAACUAGCCAUUCAAGUCAUCAUGGAGCAGCCUAGCGCUAGCUCCUGGCAUCGUAUGCUCUUCAACAAUGGGUUUCUGCAACGCAUCCCGGCCUCUGAUGCAAGAAGAUGCAUUUCCACGUAUGCCGAGGCCAUUGGGAAUAAGCUCGAUGCGCAAAAGCUCGACGCGCAAGCCAUAAUCGAGGCGGAGCAUGGUAAAAAGACGAACGGCGACGAUGCCACGACUACCUCUCCGAAGGAUGCUCCGCAACCGAAUCAGCCUUUCAUUAAGGUGGUCACUCUGAAGUCACUCGCUCAACUUCUACACGGAUCGACCUACAUCGGCGACGACGCCGCACUGGAGAUCCUGUCGAAUCUUUCCAGGAGGAUCACUCACAUUGAUGUUCGUCUAAACAUCCUCAAGACACUUCUGAGUAAACUUGUAGUUGAUCGACCUGAAUUGUGGAAUCGUGUUUUGUCGGCUGUGGACCCCUUCAUACCACUGGCUGGCAGUCUGAACGAGCGCGAGCCCAUGACUGAUGAUGACUGGACGCAGGCUAAGAAGACUAUGACGAUGCCCAAAAUCCAACUUAUGACUAAACCCGGCUGGCAGGAAGAGUCGCCAAUGUUGGAUGCGAUACUGAAUCAGUACGUCAGGCGCGACGGCAGCGGUGACCUCUUGGAUCGGUACUCGAAGCGAAUCAUCUUCCCAUUGAUCCAGGUCCUGAAGCAGCAGACUGCAAGAUGGGCGACCUUUUUCCUCAAAAAGUACGCAUCAGACAAUGAUACAGUCCUGGAAGUCGACUUACCACCAAUACCGCGAGGCGCUACGAUCUUAGAACAUAUCUUAACAAACCCUUACGUUAAGGCGCGUCGUGUACCUCAGGCCCUACUUGACGAGUAUGUGGCGUACAUGCUCUUCAAAAUCAGUCCACCCAAACCGAUCCGCACUUUGAACAACACCCUUGUAGACGAUCCUGCGGUGAAGAGCAGACCUGAAGUGCAGACCUGGCUCGAUCUGUAUGGGAAUGGAGUCGAGACAGCCUGGCUGUAUAGAUUGCCGUUCAACAGCAUCGAAUAUUUUGAGGACCAAGAACAAGGGGAUGGCAGCAUCUACGUCACACGUCGGGCCUUCCAGAAACGCUGGUUUAAUAUGUUCACUGCGCUGCUCUGGGCUGACAAUUCCGUCUACGGUCAAUUGCAAGCCUUUGCCUCCACACUCACAAAUUCCAACAAUCAAACCCGUUCAUGGUGGAACGAGUAUGGCAAGACUACUAUUGAAGCUAUGCUCUCAUACGUCAACAGCAUUCGCACGCGCGACUGGGAAGCCAACCCUCACCGCAAACCUGCUGUGUUGCCUCAGACAUUCCAUUGGCAACUAUCGCUACUCACGUAUCCAUUCAACUAUCUCGCUUACGGCGACCAAGAAACUAGAGAGCAAGCUUGCAAAGCAUUCGCAAACGAAUUAGCUGCAAUUCUCGACAACAUCAGCAACUCCGUGUAUCACACGAGGCUCACACAGAUCAAAGAUCACAUCUGUGACCGUAGCAGCGCUCGAAAUACCGAGUUUAAGAGCAACUUGAUGUUGACAGCGUUGUACCUAGGCGAUAUCUCAAAGACCAGGCUGUCUUGGCUGACAACUGCAGAGCUGCUGCGAGUCGAUUUGGCGGCAGAUAUGAUGUUGGCGGUGGAAAGCCUGAUGUUGUCGGACCAGCGCCUUCACCUUGACUACGAAACCUUUAAGUCACGACUGAAGAGCUUGUUGGGUACUUGGGUCACUAGUGAAAACGAAGAGGUGCGACGGAAGGGAUAUCGGGUGCGUGCUGUGUUCAACUUCGAUGUCGAGUGAAUGCAGGGCUGCUCAGUGGAGAUCGUAGGUGUUGAGAUCACCGGAUAAAGUAAACCAUUGUUACAUUCACUCGUCUCAAUCAAGAGUGUCGCGUUACGCCUGAUCGCUUCCUUCACCUUCACUCUUGCAGACGCACUGACUAUCGCUGGCCCACACAGCUAUAUAUCCCUCGACCCGCCACGGUCUUGUCUUCUUAAACCGUUAGUCUGGCGAUUCAAUCUUCUGCAAUCAUGCUCGCCCUGCCGUAGGCAUCAGCUUAACAGUGCGCUCCAGUCGUGAAGAUUGUCACCCAGUCCGCUUUCCUCGGCCUGGUCGUAGGCCUCGCCGCGGCUA